AUGUUUGACGCGGCCAACGACGCCCAUCGCCGCUAUAACCCGUUGAACGGGACGCACGUCCUCGUGUCCCCGCACCGCAUGAACCGGCCUUGGAACGGGCAAGUCGAGGAGGCGAGGGGCGUGGAUCUGCCUGUUUAUGAUCCGAGUUGCCAUUUGUGUCCUGGUAACAAGAGGGUUGGGGGCGAGGUCAACCCUCCUUACAGUGGGACGAUUUCCUUUCCAAACGACUACCCUGCCGUCCUCCCCCCCUCCCCACUGUCCCCCUCCCCACUAUCCCCCUCCCCACUGACCCCCUCUCAAAAGCCCCAUGCGCUCUUCGCAGCCCAUCCCGUCAGCGGACGCUGCCGCGUCGUCUGCUUCCACCCGCGACACGACCUCACUCUCUCCCGCAUGAGCAUCCCCGAGAUCGAGGCCGUAAUCCGCGCCUGGCGCGACAUUUAUCACGAACAGGGCAAGAUGUUACUACAUUCUGGAGGGGGAUACGUGCAGAUCUUUGAGGAAGAUGCCGGACUGGCAACUGUGCUCAAAUCCCUCCUCGUAGCUUACGAUAACCUCUUCACAACCCCUUUUCCCUACAGUAUGGGUAUACAUCAAUCGCCGCAUCCUCUCAACCCCGCCUCUCAUCUUCAUUUCCACUUCUACCCACCACUGCUGAGGAGCGCGAGCGUACGCAAGUUUGUCGUGGGGUUUGAAAUGCUCGCAGAGGCUCAGCGGGAUUUGACUCCCGAGGCCGCGGCCGAGCAACUACGCGCUCUCCCGAAAACGCAUUAUGCCGAGGGAUAG